AAAACGAGAAGCUCAACAUUCAUCUUUCUCUCUCUAUCUCCAAAUUACAGUAAGCUUCAAACAGCUGCGAAAAUGGCGAAAGAAGAAGAGAGAGAAGAAAACCAGCAAAAUUGGAGGAAAGAAGUUGAUAACAACAUCAAACAUCUCCAAUCUCUUGUUUUUGGCGCCGAUAUUGCUUUAGAAAAACGCGAUUUCUCUUCCGCAAAACUCCUCAGUCUUCGUCUUCUCGGAUUCCUCGAAUCUCGCUCUCAAAACGAUGUCGACGCUUCCUUUCUUCAUCCUAUUCGUCGCGAUGCCAUGUCCAAGCUUGCUGUUGCUCGCCGUGAACUUACUCCUGAUUCUGACCGCCAAGCAUUCGAAGCAGCAGGCAUACCUCCUGGCAAAAUUUUCUCCAUGAACGCAGACAUUGACAAGAUCAAGCAGUCAAAAUAUUUUUGUGCCCUUAUCCAGCAGUCUUCCAAAGGGAAUAGCAAUGAAUUUGGAGACCGAGAAGACAGGCAUGGCAGAAUGACUAGGAAGACUGCCAGAUCCUCUGGUGAGGCUGACUUGUCGUCUCCGCAGGGGAACAACAUGAUGGCUACAAAUAAAGUUGGUGAAAAAGGCUCUUUGAUACCCAAGAAUAAUGGAGUUGAUGACUGUAUCAUGUUAGAAAAGGCAUGUGCAGCAAACAACCGUCCCAAAGGGUAUUCUGUGUUUGCGCAUGCUGAAGAAGAAGAAAGAACACUUGGAAACAAUUUGGGAGUAAAGCGUCCGCAUCUGGAAACAAGGAGUCCCAGAAAUGAACGCAUCCAGUCACCUCUGAGCAACCAGGAAAACAGAGAUCCCCCUGGGAAUGCAUUUGUUACUGCUAGAACAAAAUUGGAAAUGGAAGUAAAGCAAAAGAGAGGAUUGGGGAAUUCACCAAAUUGUUCUGUCUCUCCCCAUAGCGAUUACAAUUCCAGCACUCGAGGUUAUGGUGGAAAAUCAUAUGGUGUAUCACGACGUGGAGUCCGUGGUAAUUUUAUUCCUCCAAUAAGAUCCAAUGGUAGCAAUACUGGAAACUUGACAGCAAGAACGGGUGGCAAGGGUGAUGAUGCCGUGGAGGACUCGACCAGAAAAUGUUUGGAAAUGUUGUGUGGUCCCGAUGGGGAGCUACCGGAGAAGCUCAGAAAUUUGGAGCCUCGUCUUAUUGAACAUGUUAGCAACGAGAUCAUGGAUCGAGAUCCCAAUGUUCGCUGGGAUGACAUUGCUGGUUUAGAGCAUGCCAAGAAAUGUGUGACGGAGAUGGUGGUUUGGCCUCUAUUGCGUCCUGACAUUUUCAAAGGAUGUCGUGCUCCAGGAAGGGGUCUUCUGCUCUUCGGUCCACCUGGAACUGGCAAGACGAUGAUAGGGAAGGCAAUAGCUGGAGAGGCUAAAGCGACAUUUUUCUACAUAUCUGCCAGUUCACUGACUAGCAAGUGGAUUGGGGAGGGUGAAAAGCUCGUGAGGGCUCUUUUUGGAGUUGCCAGUUGCCGUCAACCAGCUGUAAUAUUUGUUGAUGAAAUAGAUUCCCUUCUGUCACAGCGCAAAUCAGAAGGUGAGCAUGAAGCAAGUAGGAGACUGAAGACACAGUUCCUCAUUGAGAUGGAAGGCUUUGACUGUGGAACUGAACAGAUUCUGCUAAUAGGAGCUACCAAUAGGCCCCAGGAACUUGACGAAGCUGCAAGGAGGCGACUUACAAAACGACUGUACAUCCCACUCCCUUCAGCAGAAGCAAGAGCCUGGAUCACACGAAAUCUUCUGGACAAAGAUGGGCUGUUUAGACUCUCAAAGGAUGAUAUGGACAUAAUCUGCAAAUUGACCGAAGGCUAUUCUGGAUCGGACAUGAAAAAUCUCGUAAAGGACGCUUCCAUGGGUCCUCUUAGAGAUGCAUUAAGGCAGGGCAUAGAAAUUACAAAGCUGAACAAGGAGGACAUGAGGCCGGUGAUUCUCCAGGAUUUCAAAGAUGCAUUGCAGGAGGUGAGGCCUUCAGUUUCACCUAAUGAGCUUGGUAUAUAUGAAAACUGGAACAAACAGUUCGGAAGCUUGGCACUGUAGUACGACAAGCAGCUCCGUUCCUUUAACGAAACGCAGUAUGGCAUCUUCAUAUCUAUGUACUCCAUCAUGCAGAGUCUUGAGGAUAAAUCAGUGGUUAGACAAACAGAUUUAGCAAGUAGCUGAUAUUAGAAGAUUGGAAAAGAAAGAAGGUUUGAGAAGAUGGGCAGUUAAGUUUCUUGAGAAUUAGUUGAUAUAUUGGGGGCCAAAGUUUGGAAUUUAGAUUCGAGUAUGGAUUAUGGAGUGCUGUAAAAAAGAAGAAGAGGAUUAUGGAGUAUCAGACAUCUAGUGGUAUGACUUAGAAUAACACAUUCUUGUUUAUCCCAAAAAAAAAAAUGGUAAGAAACUCCGCGUUAAUCUCUUUUCUAAAAUUUGCAACAAUCUAACUUCUUCUUUUGUUAUUUACAUCCUUUGCUUUGUCAUAUAUAAAAACACAUAUAUGUAUUAGCAAACUUGGUAGUCAAAUUGGUGCAAUUUUUUAAAAAACAGAAGUAUUGUAAUUUAAAUUAUGUUUAAUGAUGUUAGUUGUUUUGCCCCCUUCAUGACUUCUCAUGUUGGGGUUGUGUACUGCAAGAAGGUACAUUUUACCGGACUUAACCUCUUGACUUGCUAGUUAGACACUUGAUAUGCUAUAAUAACACGAGUUAUACACAAAUACACAAUACAUAUUAUAAUACUAUUUAGGUUGUUUUACAUAAUAACAUAGAUCGUAUGAUAUUACGCAAAUUAUAAGUUGCACACAAUAGGAGGUUGCGCCUAAGGAUAAGAGUUAGCUCAAGUGGGUAGAGCGCUCUCCCUUGGUCCCUGAGGUCAGGGGUUCGAUCCUUACUCCUAGCAUUAUGUGGGGGUAUUUCCGUUGCAUGUUAUGCAUGUCUUACCAGUCAAUGUGUUGGUGUUUCCUAUUAAUUUCCUAAUCAAAAUAAAAAAUAAAUAGGAGGUUGCGCCUUAUCGUUCUUAUCUUGGUGUCAUUGACUUUAUCAUUUAUCUUUUCCUUUUGAUAUUAGAAUUGAUUGUCAAUUGCUCAUGGAGUGGUUUAUGCUCCCUACCUUCCGACAAUAUUGUCAUAUAUUCCAAAUUAGUUCAUACAUGUCUUUUUUUUAGAAUAUUUCCUUCGUGUUCAUCCUAAUGUAAAUAUUUUAUUUGUAUUUUUAUAUAAAGUUGGACCCCACAUCCAUCUACUCACUUUUUUCUCUCUACUUUUUUACUUCACUAUUUCUUUUUUUUACAAAAGCUAAGGCAUAAAUAAAUUGGAGAAUGCAACUAACAAAUAUAAGAUCGAAAGUUAGUUAUAAAAUAAGUAAUGCCAUGUCCUGUUAUACUGAGGAUCGGGAAUGCUCAUUUCAUACCUGCUUCUCAUUCUCAUGCUCACCAGCUUUCCUUUUCGAUGUUGAAGCGGUUUCCUCCGAUCUGUAAGAAAAAGUACACCCUCCUCUGUCUAAUUCUGUUCGGAUGGGAUCAAAUGAAGUCAAUUGUCUGUUUGUGACGAUACUGGAUUAUUGGGGUCAUGCGAAAGCGCUAAUUAUACGCUUAUAUGCGGCACUUUCCCUUAUCACUAGUCUCGGUAUUGACUAAAAUGAACUCGUACUGCCAUCUUAUUUUUUAACUUUUGUAAUUAAAUUGGCACGAGGCUGUGUCACUUACCAACAAAAACAACUUUACAAAUUACAAGUGAAUAUCCCCCCUCGAACAUUUGGAUUCUUUAGAGUUCUAAAAAAAAUCUAUAACAUAGCGUUAAACAAUAUGAAUCAUUGAAUAAAAAAUUAAGAGAACGUAUUGUGUCGGACUCGUCCGACCAUAAUCUUUGGUCGGACGACUUUCAGGUGGUUCCAAUUUUUUUUCAGUUAGUUUUAAUUUUUUUCAGGUAGUCUUCAUUUUUUUUUCAGGUAGUUUUCAUUUUUUUUCAGGUAGUCUUCAUUUUGUUUUCAGUUAGUCUUCUUUUUUUUUCAAUUGGUUUUUGUAUUCAGUUAGACUUACUUUGGAUUUCAGUUGGUUUAUUCUUUUUCAGGUAGUCUUCAUUUUUUUUUAGGUAGUCUUCAUUCUUUUUCAUGUAGUCUUCAUUUUUUUUUCAGGUAGUCCAACUAAAAAAAACAAAGUCCAAAUGAAAGAAAACAAAGUCCAACUGAAAGAAAAUAAAGUCCAACUGAAAGAAAACAAAGUCCAACUGAAAAGAAAAUAAAACACUAACCUCUGCUUUCUCUCACUUUCUCCUUCUUCUUCAUUCCUCUUAUGCCAGCUUAACAAAAUUGUACGUACAAGUAACCCACUGUAUAUUAUUUUCGUUGCAAGUUUGCAAUAGAAGACUUAGAAGUUUUGGUGCAAGCUGCACCUUACAGCAAAACGAUGAUGAUGAAUGAUGAUGUUUCAGGAUUCUCUCUCUUAACAAACCCAAAUCUCUGUCUUCUUCUCCUUUCUCUCUCCUCUCUUCUUCUUCUUCUUUCUUCGCUCGAUCUUUGUUCACCUCUACCAUGGAUGACCUUACUGCUGAUUCUACCAUGGAUGCUGUUCAAAGACGACUUAUGUUUGAAGAUGACCUUACUG